CCCGCCCGGCCCCGCGCCCCUCUGUGCGUCCUGCGCCCGUGUGGCGCCGCGGCGCUACUUUUUUCCGUCCCGGGACGGCCGCGGGACAAUUUGGAAAACUUCUCCGGGGCGGACUUCAGGGACGUCGGGCUCCGAGGAAGAGGAUGUAGGAGGGCACUGGCUGGCCCCCGUAGUCCCCAGACCUCCCAGCGUGCGUUCGGGCCGGACCUGGGACUCCAGAGCCACUACCGCCUCCGGGGGGACGCCCCCAGGCGCGCGUAGCCGAGCCGAGGUGGCCUUUCUCCCGCGGCGCGCGCGUUGGGCGAAGAGUGCUCUCUCUGGUGUCUGUCCCCGCCAUGGACCACCAGGAGCCCUAUUCCGUGCAAGCCACCGCCGCUAUAGCGGCGGCCAUCACCUUCCUCAUCCUCUUCACCAUUUUCGGCAACGCGUUGGUCAUUCUGGCAGUGUUGACCAGCCGCUCGCUACGCGCACCACAGAACCUGUUUCUGGUGUCUCUGGCUGCGGCUGACAUCCUGGUGGCCACACUUAUAAUUCCUUUUUCUCUAGCCAACGAGCUGCUGGGCUACUGGUACUUCCGGCGUACCUGGUGCGAGGUCUACCUGGCGCUCGACGUGCUCUUCUGCACCUCGUCCAUCGUGCACCUGUGCGCCAUCAGCCUGGACCGGUACUGGGCAGUGAGCCGCGCGCUGGAGUACAACUCCAAGCGCACCCCGCGCCGCAUCAAAUGCAUCAUCCUCACCGUGUGGCUCAUCGCAGCCAUCAUCUCGCUGCCGCCCCUCAUCUACAAGGGCGACCAGGACCCCCAAACCCACGAGCGCCCCCAAUGCAAGCUCAACCAAGAGGCCUGGUACAUCUUGGCCUCCAGCAUCGGGUCUUUUUUUGCACCCUGCCUCAUCAUGAUCCUCGUCUACCUUCGCAUCUACCUGAUCGCCAAACGCAGCAACCGCAGAGGCCCCGGGGCCAAGAGAGGCUCUGGGGAGGGUGAGUCCAAACAGGCGUGUCCUGUCCCUCCGAGGGCUCCAGCCACAGCCACAGUGCCAACUCUGGCCUCGCCUCUGUCUUCUGUGGGAGAGGCCAACGGACACCCCAAGCCCUCUGGGGAACAGGAGGAAGGGGAUGCCCCUGAAGAUCCGAGGGUUAGGUCUUUGCCACCCAGCUGGGCUGCCCCUCCCAGCUCAGGCCCGGGCCAGAAGAAGGAUGUUUGUGGGGCAUCUGUGGAGGAGGAGGAGGAAGAGGGCGAACCCCAGGCACAGCCAGUGUCUCCUGCCUCUGUUUGCAGCCCGCCCUUGCAGCAGCCCCAAGGUUCCCGGGUGCUGGCCACUCUCCGUGGCCAGGUGCUCCUGGGAAGACCUGUGGGUGCUGUGGGUGGGCAGUGGUGGCGUCGACGGGCCCAGCUGAGCCGGGAGAAGCGGUUCACCUUUGUCCUGGCUGUGGUCAUUGGUGUCUUUGUGCUCUGCUGGUUCCCUUUCUUCUUCAGUUAUAGCCUGGGCGCCAUCUGCCCACAGCACUGCAAGAUACCCCAUGGCCUCUUCCAGCUCUUCUUCUGGAUUGGCUACUGCAACAGCUCACUGAACCCGGUAAUCUACACCAUCUUCAACCAGGACUUUCGCCGUGCCUUCCGAAGGAUCCUUUGCCGCCAAUGGACUCGGACUGCCUGGUGAGCGUGCCUGCUCACUGCCUGGGCGGGGUUGGUGCCAGGGUCACAUCGAUUUGUGCCCUACUCUACUGUGACCGUCUCCCAGAAGCUUCCUGGUCGUUGCCCACGUGCAGGCUUCAUCUAGGCCUCCUCCUCCUAGAUGCCUCCCUGGAGGGGCUGGGACAGAGGUGCUGUUUCCAGGGGUUCAUUGGAAGCCCCCCUUGUUGACUGGUGUUGGGGGAGGGAGCUCUUUCCUAUCCCUUCCUGAGGAAGGGUGGCUGGAACCUCUGAAUGUACCUGAGGCUAAGCUAGAUUAUAGCACCUCCCUUCCAGUUCCCUGCAAGCUAAUGGGACAGGCUGCCCUUUCCCCGGGACCCCUGUGCCUUGGCAGGUCACAUGCUCCUUGGUAUUUUUGUUUCUUCCUCCUCCUCUUCUUUCUGAGACAGGGUCUCAUGUAGUCCAGGCUGGCCUCGCAUUGCUGUGCAGCCAAGGAUGAUUUCAAAUGUCUCUCCCUUCCCUACCUCCUGAGUGCUGAGGUUACAUGUGUGCACCAUCACAUCCAGUUUGCUGAUGUGAUGGGGACUGAACCCGGGACUGUGUGCAUGCUAUGCAGGCGCUCUAUCAACUGAGCUACGACCCAGCCCUGCUUCUCAUUCAUGCCUACCCCUCACCCGCCCAAAGGGCAGAAAGCCAGUCUUCCAUAUUUCCAUAAGACCUGCUGCUGAGGAACAAGAAGAAAUGAACAUGAUUCACCCAUGUUGGCACAGUGGUCCGUGGACACUGGAAGGAGGGUCAUGGGAUAACCCCGUCCCUGAGCCCUUCUUUCCCCCUUUCCUGUUUUUGAACUGUGACUGUUUAAAAGGCCAGGAUCAUGGGCUGGUUUUCUUGCUCAGCACCCCUCUGGGAGAAAAGUAGGUAUGUGGAUGCCUCAGUGGGGAGAGCUGGAAGCCUGGCCUCUGUCUCAGUAGGCACUCCCGAUCUCUGGUAUUCACACCCUGACAAAACCAGGGCGACAAUUGCUUGCCGCCUACUUGCUGCGGGGAGAUGAAAGACUGCAGAAAGCUCUCAGCUCCAUGGGGAAAUGACUGGAGAACCAGCAAUAUGAUUAUCUGGUGAUAGAAAAAUCCCCUCUCUAUGUGUUUACCACCAUUUGCCUUCCUGCAGACUUUUGUUCUGUGCUUGAGGUGUGUGAAUUCUUACCCCAAACUGGAAAUGGGGAGUGGUGCACAGAAUCUCUAUUUCAAGUUCCAGGGUUUCUUUGAAAAUGUGUUCUUGUGCCCGCAAAGGUUUGAGAUAUUAUGCCAGAUGACAGCUUCUGCAUGUGUCACCUGUAACACCAACAGAGUUUUCGGUGGCUGGCCUCUACCCUGUGGGGAUAAAUCUUUGGUCAUCAAGCA